AUGUUGUGCGCCCCGACGUUGAGUUCUCCCCUCACUGGGGGAGAACAGUUGCGUUUCAAAGGCCGCAAGAAAGGACAGAGCCUUCUCGGGACGGCGAUCGUGGUCCAGUUCGGGAAAUUCUUUCCCGCCAAGUGGGCUCAGGCAGCUACAGCAACUGUCGACGAGGAGAUGACGAUCACUUACAGUGACUUGGUGCACUCCGUAGUGGCGCUCCUCCACGACAACUAUCUUCCUCACCUCGCUCCUCAUCAAAUAUUCCAACAGCUCUGCCACGAGGGAACUCGAACCCUGGUUGUCCUACGCGAUCCUGAAGAGACACAGCGUGACCUUCUGAACUCAAAAUCCUCUCCAGCGCGACUGGAGUUCAACAACAACACCGAAACGAUGAUGAUGAGCCGCUUCGGGGGCAGCGCGAAGCCCUGGCAAAAAAUCGUCCCAUCGUUGUCUGGAGGGAGCGACGGUAACGGACUCAGCGUCGCAAGUGUCUCCUCGCCUGAAGACGAGAUUGAACCAGACCGGGUCGUCGGCGGCGGCGGCGUCGGCGUAGAACAGCAGCCCGGAUCGGCGGCCGCGACGUCUGAUGCCACUCAGAGCCCUCUCGACAACCGUCAGUGGGUCUCUUGGGCCUCGAUGAACCGUCGGAAUAAGGAGGAGAUCUUGAACGAAUGCGGGAGCAUUUGUUCCGACCAUUUGUACUCGGAUGUUUGCUGUGAUGACUCCUCGGACGAUGACGAUGAAAGCAUCGCUGACGACGAAGAUGAGAUGAACGACUGCGGCCAGAUGUUCACGAAGAGUCUCGAGGCAUAUCUCAAAGCAGUGCAGCACAGGAAGCGAGAGCGCCAGGUCGGUGUGGAAUCCCGACUCGUCGCGUGCGCGUCCUUCAGUAAAGAUUACAGGCCGUCGGGCGCGAAAGUGGUGGUGCUCCUCAACGUCGUGGUGAGGAAAAAGUUCCGUCGAUACGGCAUCGGCAGUUUCAUGGUCAAGAGAAUAAAAAGUCCUUCGCUCGUCGGCCCGUACGACGCCGUGACAAUGCACAUCCGCUGCGGGGAGCAAUGUACCGAAUCCGCCGGCGCCGCCAAACCUGUUCAUAAUCAGCACAGCAGUUGCGUUUCAUCUAGGAAGCAGAAGGUGUUUUUCGAGAAGAAUUCCUUCACUUCGGACCUCAUCCUGAACAGUCGAUUCCACGAAGAGGACGGCAGCAACGUGACGACGGGCGAAGUGCUCAUGUGUUUUCUGCCUCCCUUCGAUAGCGGACCUUUCCACAACCAGAGCUCCAACAUCAACUGCACAUCGACGCAAGGCUACGGACAGCAGCCGACCGGCGCGCAGAUGGCGCAGCACAAUUCCAUCAAAGCUAUGCAGGAAGAGGCUCAGAGAUGGAAAGAAAAAAGUCUGGAGGCUUAUCAGCUGCAGAUGUCCUACAUGGCGCGCCUGCAGCAAGAAGUCCUACGACUACAUGAACAGUUGAAUAAGCAAGAGCUCACCAUCGACCAAUUGCGGAAGGAGAACAGCCGGCUACAGACGCGACUUGUCAGAGCAGAGAAGAAAACCGCGAAGGCCCUCAUCGAAACACUGGAUAAGGAAGCAGCGGAUUUCGAGCGGAUGUGUGUCUCUCGCAAAUUGAGCUCCGAUGUGCCCUUCAACACACAGAAUCCACUGACCACUCGCGCAGUUAUACGGAGUUAG